CUCCAAUGCUAUAAAAUGCAGCGUCUCCUCGGCAGACGUCGAAGCUGGGAUAAGCACUCAACUUGGUAUCAACGAUAAGCCACGGCACAGAUUGGUAAUGUUCGCCCGAGUUCUACUCAUAGCUGCUGCGGCUUCUGUCGCUUGCGGGAACCCUGCCGUCGACUCCUUAAUGGAUAGAGUUCUCUCAGAUUUGAAGAAUCAGCUCAAUACCCUAGGCCUCGAUCCUGUUCGGGCAAGCCCGUUCAAAGUUUUCGUUGCCUCGAAUGGACCUUUCAACCGCGACGUGAGAGCUAACUUCACUGAAGGAUCAAUCGUCGGCCUCAGCGGACUCGUGCGUAACCGCGAUUGCACUUAUCUUCGAGCCGGCGGUUCCAAUAGAGUGUUCGGCUGCGAGGUGCUCUUGGGCUCAACUCAAUUCAUGAUGAAUGUUGACGUUGAGGGAGACAACGCGAUGAGAUAUCAUCGUAUCUCGACCGGCACUCGGAUCGACAACGGAACUCGAGCUCUGAUCAUGGUUCGCGGCAUUCAAGGAAAUCAGAUCAAGUUCGAAAGCAUUAAAGUUGACUCAUCAAUAACCUCAACCACCAAAGUUCUCCGGGGAAGGCUCGAGUUGAACGCACCACGCUUCGCCGAGUUCCGUCGCCAAGUGAACCAAAACAUCUCCGCUCAAUUAAGGAAGACCCUGACUGGUCCCUACGCCCAGGCUCUCUCCAAUGCUUUCGCCAGAUAUACGAUGCCUUGAAUCUCGGGAGCAUCAUGGAAUACCGAUUGAAUAAAAAUCAGUUUCGUUGAUGA